CGGACGCCGUACCGAGCAUGCGCAGUGCGCCCCUCUCCGCGGAGCGACUUCAAGUUGUAGAGAAUGAGAGGUGAAGCGCGGCUGCGGUCGUUGUUGGCUAGAUAAAGUACCCGAGAUAACGACACACUAGUUUGAGCGAAAUUUCAUGGAAGAUACUGACCUGCACCUCUCAGAUGAGCCCAUGACGGGAAUGCUGGACACAGACUCCCCAAACAGUGGGGACUCUCCUGCCAUGGAGGGCGGCGGGGACGGCUUUCUUCCUGGCCUUCCUGUUCUUGCCAAUGCUGCUGAGUGGUCCCUGGAGCAGGUUCCUCCAGACACUCUCACCACCAUCUUGCCUGAAGAUUCAGAUUUGUCCCAGGAUGCUCCGGGGCAGCAACAGCCAAACCAGCAAGUGAAUUCCGCAGAACUAGGAUCAGUGGAGAAGGCGGUGGAGCAUUUCCAGAUUGCCAGUGCUCAGCUCUACCAACAGGAGCAGCCACCGCCACCGCCACCGCCACCCACAGAGGAGGCCCAGCAGCCGUCAGUAGAGUACACGACAGAGUCCUCGCAGUCUCUGCAGCAGAGCGAGGACAUGACUACAGAGGCCACAGGACAAGAUGGCACAGGAGAUGGGACCCAGGAGCCACAGAUGACAGAGGAUGGCAUGGAGCUGGAGGAUGCAUCCAAAGAGACGAUAGAGGAACCUGCUGUUCCUGCAGAGCCACAGCUUCCUACUGAGUUUGAAAAGCUCUUUAAAGGGUGUGAGGAUAACCCAGAGGACUUCAAUGGUUGGGUCUAUCUGCUGCAGUAUGUAGAGCAAGAGAAUAACCUUGUAGCUGUGAGAAAGGCAUUUGAUGUAUUCUUCCUCCGCUACCCCUACUGCUACGGCUACUGGAAGAAGUAUGCAGAUAUAGAGAAAAAACAUGGCAACAUCCAAGUUUCAGAAGAGGUAUACAGAAGGGGCUUACAGGUGAUUCCUCUCAGUGUGGACCUGUGGCUGCACUACCUGGCUUUCAUCAAAGAGAAUGCAGACCCCACUGAUCCAGAGACCGAAGGGCGCAUUCGAGCUGCCUAUGAACAUGCAGUGCUUGGAGCAGGCACAGACUUCCGCUCAGACCGCCUGUGGGAGUCAUAUGCCAACUGGGAGACAGAGCAGCAGAAACUUGCGAAUGUCACCGCCAUCUAUGACCGCAUCUUGGGCAUCCCAACUCAGCUGUAUUCACAGCAUUUCCAGAGGUUCAAAGACCAUGUGCAGAACAACAACCCCAAACAUUUCCUGUCUGAGGAAGAGUUUGUUCAGCUGAGGUUGGAGCUCUCCAAAGCUAACCUGGCAGCCAACAUUGGUGAAGAUGGAGACACGCCUGUUGCUGAGGAGGAGCUGCCGCCUGGUACUGAGGAUCUUCAGGAUCCUGCUAAGAGGGUGACAGAGAUUGAGAACAUGCGCCACAAGGUGAUUGAGACUCGGCAGGAAGUGUUCAACCACAACGAACAUGAAGUCAGCAAGCGUUGGGCCUUUGAGGAGGGGAUUAAGAGACCGUACUUCCAUGUGAAAGCCCUAGAGAAGACCCAGCUGAACAACUGGAAGGAAUACCUGGAUUUUGAGAUUGAAAACGGGACUCCGGAGCGUGUGGUCGUUCUCUUUGAACGAUGCCUCAUCGCUUGUGCGCUCUACGAAGAGUUCUGGACCAAGUAUGCAAAAUAUCUAGAGGGCUACAGCAUUGAUGGGGUGAGACAUGUCUACAAGAAGGCGUGUACCAUCCAUCUGCCCAAGAAGCCGGCUAUCCACCUGCUGUGGGCGGCCUUUGAGGAGCAGCAAGGGAAUGUUGAGGAGGCUCGUGGUAUCCUGAAGUCUCUAGAGGAAGCAGUCCCAGGUUUGGCUAUGGUGCGCCUGCGGAGGGUCAGCCUGGAGCGUCGCCAUGGUAACUUGGAGGAGGCCGAGACCCUGCUUCGGGAGGCUAUGGCUUCAGGGAAGAAUGCAAGCGAGACAUCGUUCUAUGCUGUGAAGCUGGCCAGGCAGUUGGUGAAGGUGCAGAGAAGUAUAAGCAAGGCCAGGAAGGUGCUGCUGGAUGCUAUUGAGAAAGACCAGACGAGUCCAAAACUGUAUCUGAAUCUCCUCGAGCUGGAAUACAGCGGAGAUGUGCAGCAGAACGAAGCAGAGAUCUUGGCUUGCUUUGACCGAGCCUUGAACAGCUCAUUGCCUCUUGAGUCGCGCCUUCUCUUCUCCCAGCGCAAGGUCGAGUUCCUGGAGGACUUUGGCAGCGAUAUCAAUGUGCUUGUUAAAGCAUAUGAGGAACACCAGAAACUACAAAAAGAAAGCGAGCCGACAAAGAGGAAAGCAGAGAAUGGCGCUCAAGAACCUGACUCCAAGAGACAGCGGGUGGAUGACAGUUCUUCAGGCUCAGGAACUCUUAUGCCAGACAUGCAGGCCAACAAUUCAGCAUACAACUACAACUGGUACCAGCAGCAGUAUGGAAGCUGGGGGCAGAACUCGUGGGGGCAGUACAACCAGUACGCUGGCUAUAACCAAUACUACCCCCCUCCUCCUACAUGAUUGACAACAUCUUCACCUGAAGAAGGAGACUCAGAAGAAAGCAUCCUUUCUGUCCUGCCUAGAUCUGUUUAGACCCUCUUUAUUUGAUCAGACAUAUUGUUUAAAGAAAUUGAUUGCUACGUUCAUCUCCAACACUGGCUGCUUUUGUGUUUUUUAAAUGCAUGUGUUUGUGAAAGCAAGUUUAUUUUCCCUCUGUGAAAAACACUCAUGUUUUCAAUUUUUUAGAUUGGAUGACUUAGUUUGGUCUCUCUUGAGGAAAUUACUUGUGCUAAAGGUUUAGAUUUGUGAAGGAGGCAUUCAUGGAUGUACCUCUGAGCCCCCUGUUUCUGCUUUGUGAACUCAGAUUUUUAAUAUUUCAAGGUUGUUUUGUUUCUGGAAAGAAACAGAAAUGAAGAGUUUCAUUUUUUAUUUUGACUUAAUUUCAUAAUAAAGAGACUGAUAUCCUGA